UAGGUACCGACCGUCGCUACAAGUCAAACUAUUUUAAAAACCCUAGACCAGCACCAUUUCAAUCAGUUGCGGCGACCUCUCUCUCCCGGCGUCUCCUCCCGUCUCUCUAUACCGUCCUUCAAUCCAAGGUAUUUUCAUUCCAAUUUCAUCAUUUUCAUAAUCAAUUAGAUUCAAUUCUUCAUGUAUUAUCUUCAAUCCAUCCAUUUGGUAUCAAUUCUUACUCUUUUCGCCCAAAAGUCAUUAUCUUCUCAAUUUUCUCCCAAAAUGAGUGAAAUUGUUUCCAAUUAUCAAGUUGAUGCUCAAGCUGGGUUCAAGGCUUACGCCGACCCACAUAUCAUCGAGGGAAGAACCCUUAAACAAGAUGACAUCCCGGUUCCCGUUCUUGAACUUAUUCAAGAACAAGGUUGGAGUUUCUUUCUUCAACUCCAAGCCCCCAUUUACCCGGAACUUGUUCAUCAAUUCUAUUCUUCGUUGAAAUAUCAUCCACAAGACCCUUCCAUUACCACAAUUGUAGCCGGCAAAACCUUCGGAUUCAACACCCAAAAUCUUUCUGAAUGGUUUCACCUAGGGCGCCAAGGAGUCUCCAGCUAUUGCAAAAAGGGGUGGAUUGCCGACUCACGAGAUUUUAACUCCGAUUCUUGCCUCCGAGUGCUAAAUAACAUUGCCCUUGACCAUGUCUUUGAGGACCCACACUACUUUAUUCGUAGGCCAAAUGUCCAAGACUUACCUGCAAAUAGAUUCAUCCUCCUCAAAAUCCUCAAAGAAAAUGUCAUCCCAGUCCUUAACAAAGAUAAACAAGUCGGGGUUUAUGAAUGCACUCUCCCUACCAUCAUCCUUAAACACAUGCACGAAUGCUCCGGUCGCCUAAACAAACCCUAUGGCAUACUACUUACCCACAUCUUUUCCAAAAGGGGAAUUCUUGAGGUGCGCCCUUCCCGUGUCCGCUAUCUUGAUGCGGAGUGCCUUGGCUAUAGUGGCCUCGUAAAUAUUGGAGCGGAGUACUACAUGAAGAAAGAGUUCCAAAAUAUUGAUGAGGCGACACGAGCGGAGUAUGGUCCUCGGCAUUCCAUGUCAUCUUUGCCUUCCACUUCACGAGCACCCCAAGCCGAAGCCGAAGAAAAUGCCAACACGGAAGUCCCCGUUCGUGCUCCUCGGGUCAAACGCUCAAAGCCGGCGUCUCAUGCUUCCUCGGCCUCUCUCAUGCAUCGUCACUCUCACAUGGCUUCAACUUCCAAAAAUCCCUUUAAGAAGUUCAAGAAAUUCAUCCUCAAGACCGUAGUGGCUCCGAUGAGGAAACUUCAAGAAAGCCUCGAUGACCUCUCGGAUCGGAUGAAGAAGAUGGAGGACCGUGAGAAUCGCCAAAAGCAAAACGAGGAUCGUGCUUCUAAACGCCGCUAAGUGUUGAGUAUUUGACAAUAUUGAUCAAACAUUAUGUAUUU